CACACCUCCUCCGUCAAUCCCAUACCAUACAAAAUGUCAAAAGUACAAACGCCAGAACUCAAGAAGUACAUGGACAAACGCCUCUUUGUCCAACUUAACGGAACACGAAAGGUCGUGGGCGUGUUACGCGGUUACGACGUUUUCCUGAAUAUCGUGCUGGAUGAUGCGGUUGAGGAGACGAGUGAUGGUGGGAAGAUCAAUAUUGGACAGGUUGUUAUUCGGGGGAAUUCGGUUGUGAUGAUGGAGGCUUUGGAGCGUAUCUAGACGAUGCAUGUCAAAAGAUUGAGGCGGCGAUUGGCGACUUGGUAUCCGUUCAAUGGGUUGUAACGGUGAUGGAAGAAGGCGAAUGUGAACAUCGAGCUAUCAAUAACGCGUUCUGAUAGACAUCGGU